AUGGCUUCUGACUACGUGGCUUCGCAAGCGUUCAGGGUGUUUAUGCUCCAAGAGAUUUGCCAGCACCUGACUCCCAGCGAUGUUGAAAGCCUUCUCUACACAAAUCAGCUACCCAUGCCAGAUCUCACUGAGAGUGGCACAAAAGUUAUGAUGAAGCUGGAAAUGCGAGACAUGUUCUCAGUAUCCAACAUAACUCCCUUAGCAGACAUGAUGAGAAACAUACACAGAAAUGAUUUGGCUAAGAAGGUAGAAAAGUUUCAGAAGUUGAAAAGUAAAAAAGAACAUAAAAAAAAGGAGCAUGCAGUGGAUGCUCGCAUGUUUCAGAAAUGCUAUAUCACAGCAAGUAUACAGACUAUUAAAUUGCAAACAAAGAUCCUUUUGGAGCAGAUUGAAGAGCUAAAAAGCACUGCUUCGAAAAUGGGCUGUACAGAAGUGGAAAAAGUUAUCAGAGACGCUAUCGAAAUCAUUGAAGUACAGUUCCAGGAGAAGCUUCAACUUGCCUCCAGUAAACUUCCCCAACUGAGACAAGACAGUGUCGAUUCCCUAGACAGUCCCCCCUCCAGCCUGUCCAGUAGCGAGGGUGUUCUGGACGUGCGGUCUCCAACGGGAACACUCGAGAGAGGACCUAGACCUCGUUCAGGUGCCGUAUCCAAGACAAGGUCAUUACCAAGAGACUUUACUACUGCACCGAAGAAACCCUUGCUACCUCCAAGCAUCUCCACGCAAGUACAGGAUUUGCAACCAGACGAUCACGAUUAUGAAUAUGUGACUCCUGGAAGUUUCUCACCUGUACAAAGCGAGCAGCUCCAUUACAGCUCCACAGACAUUGCCCCCUCAAGUAGACAAGAUGAAAGCAGAGGACAUUUAGUCACCGGUCGAGAUAGUCCAGCACAGCCAUCAAGACUAAAGCCUACUGUUGCCCCCAAGCCAUCAAAACUGCAAAGCUCUACCACCACCUCGACUAGUGACUACACAGGUGGUAGUGCAGACACCAGCACAGGUGAUAGUGGGUUCGUAGACUCCAAGAAGUUCAGGAAGGAACGUCCUCCUCCACAUCUAUUACCAAGACACAACUACACACCUCUUAAAGCUGAGCAGAGAGACACUGUUGAUUGUUAUGCAACACCUGAACCUCAAGAUGCUGAGUAUGAUGAAGUGGGCCAUGGCAAAGAAGAUUUGUAUGUGAACAUUGCAAGAUAAACAUGCACUUCUGUUAUAAUGAUGUAUGUCUACCUAAGUAAGUAAUUCGUGUUUAUUUCACACCAUUAAUUUAUUGAUUGAGUA